AGAAUUAAAAAAAAAUUAUACAUUACUUGCACCCUUGAAAUCAAGAUUGAAAUGACAGUUCAAAUGAACCGUUACAGCCAUUAACACAAUACCCAAGUUAAAGUGUACAUAAUGUUUGAAGUCAUUAUAAGGGUACAGACCAUUAGAAGAUAAAGAUACGUAUGCUGGCCCGGCAACCAGGACUGCCAUGAAAUAUAAAUGAAGCUAUAAACGUGAUAAAGUCACGUGGAUGCGACUAUGGCAUCGUCAUGUCCUUUCCGGCGUCCCUCCAUGUACGUAGCGUCCGAUGGCGUUUCGGUGAAGAGGUCCCUGACGGCUAGACAAUCCUCGAUCCACAUCCCCCAAGGCGACCUGGAGGCGGACGACGACGACAGGAACACCCUCAACUUGAAGCAUCUGAACGCCGCCAUCCUUUUGUUGACGUCCCCGCCGAAUGAUGCUGUUCAGAUUGCUUUGACAUCUCUCCUGCAGAAAGAAAGACUAGAUGAUGCUGGGAAAUAUUCCUGCCUUGAUAAUCUUCCAAGGGAUAUUGGACAAUACAAGAACUACGCCUUUUUAGACGACCUUUACGACUUUGUGGAGGGAGAUGAAAAUACGGACGAGAAGGAAUUCUUCGACAAACUGGGACGAGAGCUGAUCCGGACCUGCUGUCACGGUUGCGUGGAAAAAGCGUUCAGAUGUCUGGGGGGAGACCUAAAAGAGUUCCUCACCACCCUGGAUGGUGUGCAUGACGUGCUGCAGUACCAGGAAAACUCCCAAGGCCAAGAUUGUCAAGAGACUGAGGCUUUCGUUUGUACCUCGAACGACGAUGGCCUCAGGUUGGACUUUUCGACAGAUAGGACAGCCAUAGCUUACCUGCUGGUCGGCAGUUUGAAGGAGAUAGCUGAGCUGCUUUAUGAGACUGAGGCGGAUAUAGAGAUUGGGAAAAACUUGCAGGACGACAGGACGUUUAGGUUCGAAAUAAGACCGACCAACGUCAGAGACGGCCAUCAGAUAGUGAGGAAAACGCCGAGCUUGGCGUCGUCGUCGACGUCGACGAGAAGCGACGAGCUGCAAGUAGACGUGGCCACUUUUUGCAAGGCGUUCCCCUGGCACUUCGUCAUAGAUCGCAGAUUAGAUCUCGUUCAGCUCGGCAGCGGCUUCAUGCAGCUGUUCGGCGGACUGUUGGCGGGCCAGGGAAGGGCAGUGGCGACCUAUUUCGAUUUUCGCAGGCCGAGAAGCAUCGUCUUGUCUUUCGCCGACAUCGUCAAACGGGCCAAUACACCCUUCGUGUUGGCGAUACGGAAGCUGUCGGCGGCCAAGGCCUUUCCCGCAGUGGGUCUGGAGCUGAAAGGUCAGAUGGUCUACUGCCCGGAAUCGGACUCUAUCCUGUUCGUCGGAUCGCCGUUCCUGGAUGGACUUGACGGUUUGACCGGGAACGGUCUGUUCAUUUCGGACAUUCCUCUGCACGACGCCACCAGGGAUGUCAUCCUGGUGGGGGAGCAGGCCAGGGCUCAGGACGGUCUCAGGAGGAGGAUGGACAAGUUGAAGAGCUCGAUCGAGGAGGGAAACAGGGCUGUGGACAAGGAGAGAGAGAAGAACGUCAGCUUGUUGCACCUAAUUUUUCCGCCCGAUAUAGCAAAGAGGCUCUGGUUAGGAGAAACCAUCGAGGCAAAGACUCACGAAGAUGUGACGAUGCUGUUCAGCGACAUCGUCGGGUUCACCUCUAUAUGCUCCACCGCGACGCCAAUGAUGGUUAUUAACAUGCUGCAGGAUCUGUACAAUCAAUUUGACGUUUUUUGCGGACAGCUGGAUGUCUAUAAGGUUGAAACGAUAGGGGAUGCUUACUGCGUCGCAGGAGGACUCCAUAAAGAAACGAAUACACAUGCCAUGCAGAUAGCUUGGAUGGCUCUCAAAAUGAUCGACACUUGCUCGAAGCAUCAAACCCAUAGAGGAGAACCCAUAAAAAUGAGGAUCGGCAUACACACGGGAUCUGUGUUAGCAGGAGUGGUUGGCGUAAAAAUGCCUCGUUAUUGCAUGUUCGGACAUAACGUGACCAUAGCGAAUAAGUUCGAGUCAGGCAGCGAACCCCUAAGGAUAAAUGUCAGUCCGACAACCUACGAACGUCUUGUUCAAACAUCGAACUUUAGCUUCGAAUCACGUGACAGGUCCCUGCUUCCCGCGGGAUUUCCCUCGCAUAUUCCGGGCACAUGCCACUUUUUGCUUGGUUACAACCAUCCCUCCGCACCUCCUGAUUCGUCCUUGAACGAGAGGAUAGAGCAAGGUCUCAAGGAUAUUGGCCUCAGCUCUGAACUGUCCUGAACAAGAAGACUGUUAGAUUUUAGCAAUAAUGAAGGAGAUCAUUUCUUAAACUUGAGCUCGUCGUGUUUCUGAUAGGUGUACACAGGUCGGUCCAGGAGAAGGUUAAGAGAAUUUUACGUUCACUCAUUAUUCGUCCUUGAAAUGGAGUCAUAACUGAUUUUUUUAAAUAUUCAGUAAUCCCUAAUUUAAAUUUUCUUCUAUUCCUACAGUGCAACCUCAAAAACAUCAGUUACCUACUCUGUUAAUUCUUCAUGUUGAAAUUUCAUGAAAUGAUUCGGUGUUUCCUGAUAGGAAUAGGAAUUCUCGAUGCUAAUAUCUUGGGCUGACCUGAAAAACUGCUUAAAAAGACGUUUCCAGCUAAUUCGUUUUGUAAAAAUGAUUGUGUGUGCAAAGGAGAUGGAAAUCUUGAAGGGGAAAAAUGUUCGCUUUAUAUGACUUGUACAAAAAAUUCAAGAACCAAAAAUUGCUUAGCAAUAUUUUCGAGUAGAGUAGAUUAUCUAUAAAAUAUUUUUAUGAAUUCUUAAAUAUUCCACUGAAUUGUGUAUAUUGUAAUUGUUGAUUUUGCUCGAUUAUAUCCUUAAGCAAAAUUGAAGAAUUUAAGUGAAUAAUAUAAAGUAAUUAAUUGAAUUGUACGUAAAUGUUAUUUGGAAUGGAUGACGCAUAUUUAAUGAGGAGAAUAAAUGAAUAAACUGCUUCAAAUCAGCACUCCACUUAAAAGACACUAUCUGGUAAUGUUAAGAAUAAUCAGUUAAUGUGCAUACCUAUAUAAUAUUGUAUGAAUGUAUUUUCAUUGCAUUAUAAAAUCUAUUCUAAUAUUUGUCAUUCAAAGUAUAUUCUUAUUGAGCUUAAACUUUGAAACCUGAAGCAAUUGUUCUAAAUUUCGGAGAUAGUAACUAUAUAACUCGCUAAAGCUUAAAGCUGAAGGAGCCUAGGCAUAGGUAUGUAAGGAAAGAUGAAAUUCGGCAAUAAAUGAAUUUCACUCGAGAGAUUUUUCAGAUAGUUCGUUAAGGACCAUUCCAUUACGUCUUUCUUUUUAGUGAAUAUUUUUAGAAUAUCAUCUGAGGUGAAGACUGAAAGGAGAAUUACACCUAUUUUGAAAUGUCUUUCAUUUUCGUUACAAUCUUGUACAGAUUUUGUGGAAAAAUCAUAAAUUUUAAUUAUAUAUAUGGAAAUAUUGAUUUAUUCGUUUUUUGAUUUGUUGAUGAUUCUAAAUACUUGUUUUCUUGAUCAGGUAGAUGUAAAACGACGUUAUUGGAAUAAAAAAUUAUUCUUCAA